GCGGUUUAUGUAAGGCGGCGGCUCGGAGACCUGGUCCCACCCGGCUGACUCCCUGCUUUCUUCCUCCCGCAGAGAUGGCUGCCACUGCUCUGUGCGUAAGGGAGCCGGGCCGCCCGGGCGGGCCUGCCAUAGCCCGUCUCAAGAUUCUGCUCGGACACCUUCAGGGCCCUGCAGCCACGGCGAUCGCAGCUUACCCAACUUCAGCUGCUAUAUCUUCCCGUUACCAUCCUCAGCAAUUCCAGUACACGCUAGAUAAUAAUGUCUUAACCCUAGAACAGAGGCAAUUUUAUGAGGACAACGGUUUCCUGGUCAUAAAAAAUCUAGUGCCUGAGGCAGAUAUUCAACGCUAUAGGAAUCAGUUUGAAAGGAUCUGCAGAAAGGAAGUAGCACCCUUGGGAUUACAGAUAAUGAAGGAUGUGACCAUUGCAAAAUCAGAGCUUCAUCCAGAUGAGAAAGUGAUUACAAAAAUUCAGGAUUUUCAGGAUGAUGAAGAACUCUUCAGCUACUGCACUAUGCCUCAGAUCCUUAAAUAUGUUGAGUGUUUCACUGGACCUGAUAUCAUGGCUAUGCAUACGAUGCUGAUAAACAAGCCUCCGGAUUCUGGGAAGAAGACAUCUCGCCACCCCUUCCAUCAGGACCUGCACUACUUCCCAUUCAGGCCUCCCAAUUCCAUUGUUUGUGCUUGGACUGCCAUGGAACAUAUUGAUAGAAAUAAUGGCUGCCUGGUUGUGAUACCAGGCACACACAAGACCACUUUGAAACCACAUGACUAUCCUAAAUGGGAGGGGGGAGUUAAUAUUAUGUUCCAUGGUAUCCAAGACUAUGAUAUCAACCAACCCAGGACCCACCUUGUGAUGGAGAAGGGAGAUACUGUUUUUUUCCAUCCUCUGCUUAUUCACGGAUCUGGAAGAAAUAAAACUCAAGGGUUCCGGAAGGCCAUUUCCUGUCACUUUGCUAGUUCUAAUUGCUACUACACUGAUGUAAAAGGCACUAGUCAAGAAAACAUUGAGAAAGAAAUCCAAAACAUAAUAGAAAAGAAAUAUGGUCUCCCCAAUAUGUCACUUAAGGAUACUUGGAAGUUCCGAGCACGGACUGUAAAAGGUGAAAGAAUCAAUCUUUGAAGUAGUCACCCAAAGUCCUUUUAAAAGAAGCAGUUUAAACAACUACCAGGUGCCUCUAUGGAGAAUGAUUUUAUAUGAGAAGUAGCCACCUUUGUUAUCAAAUACUAAUAUGAAAAAGCACUUUGCUGUACAUGGUGUUAUCUGCAUUGCCUUGAUGAUAUGACAACUACAAAGACUAAAACCUGGUAUAUUAAAAAAGCUUAACUUCGUGUCGCAAUUGAUAAAGAUGCCUAAGUAAUUUCCGAGUAAUCCAAGUCUUCAAAAACUAAUAUAGCCAUCAGAGAGAACUCUUAGCAAAGCCAAAAGAAAAUCUAUUGAGUUUAGAAUCUUUGUAAUUAUAAACUACUUAGAUAAAGAGUAAUAAACUAAUUAGUAAAGAGUGAUGACUGAUUGCUUCAUAGUUGGGGGAAAUCUAUUGUAGCCACUUCUUUCGGAAGGAAAAGAAUGAGAACUUGUUCUAAGCAGGUGGUUCUUUAUUCAGUGAAAAAACGUGGAUCAUGGUUGAGAUCUGCCUUAUUCCACAACAGGUUGUAAUUCAAGAGCCCCAAACUGGAUUUCAUUUAUUCUUUUCUCUUUUUUUUCUGACCCUAAAGCACAGGAUAAUGUGCUCUGAAGAUCACUUUCGUAUUCUUCUUAGUCAGAAGAACUGAGGAUCUUCAUACCUGAUGAUGCCUAAUGUUAGGGUUCGGUGGUAGGAAGCUUAUCAGAUCAUUCUGUUUUUAGAUCAGAGUGACCAUGAUCUGGUGAUUUCUUGCCAUUUAUCCUCAAGUUUCCAUUUGUUUCCUCACUUCUCAAAUUAAGGGAAGGGAGUAAGGAGAAUUAUGGCUCACAUUUCUCAUUUGUUUUUCAAUCAAGGCAAGGGCGAUUUCCUAGUAUUAAAAUAAGAAACAGAAAGAUAAGGAGAAUCUCCCAACACUCUUCCCUCUCUCCCUUUUCUUGCAUCAUAAGUAAAUGACAUGUUUCCUCGGAUUUUCUCUGGUUUCUACUGGGCAGUAACUUUAAGCCUACAAUUCCCCUGAAUCCAUGAAUUGGAUGAUGGUAUAAGGGUGAUACAGACUGACAUGAGAGAGCUGGACAGUGGAAAGACUUGGUAGGGAAUACAAAAAGUAUAAAUGUGAGCUAAAUGGUCCCAUGUUUCACUCUGGAAUAUUGAAUUCCUCCAACCAGUUUAUGCCAAUUUUGGAACAAAGAUCCUUUUGAAAUAAAGUUAAAUAGUAAGAGGGGAAAGGCAAAUAAACAAGUUGUGGUUAUUUUCCAUAAGACACUAUAUUAUAUUUGUGAAUCUGCCCUGCUAUGUGGGGUUCCAGCUGCUUGGAGAGCAAUCCUCGGAUAAUUGGUAUCUUUUGCAUGUCAAAAAUCCAUUAAAAAUGUGUUAUUUUUUGUUUC